AUGAAGGGAAGCGACUGGACAGCCUUUGAAACCGAGCCGUUGCCCCCAGCCAACUGCCGGCGCGCUGAGCUGGCCAUCUACGACGGGUACCGGCCGGUGGGCCACGUGCGGGAGGCCAUGAAGGUGUUCUGCGGAGACCUCCACUACUACCGCAACCAGGCUGACAAGGAGGUUCUCAGCGAGAGGAACAGACUCCUCAUCACUUUCAGAACGGGCGAGGCUUCAGAAAACAACACGAAGCUGGCCGGUUUUCUCCUCGUGUGGACGGAGGUGUCUCUCACCACGCCAGGCAACUGCAGCAGGCAAGAGGGCUUCACUUGCCCGAGAUCCGUGUACUGCGUGGGCGUGGCGAGGGACGGUGGCUGCCUGACGACGGCCAACCUGUGCAUCCACCGCGGCCUGGUGUGCGACGGCCAGCCCAACUGCUCCGCUGGCGACGGCGCCGACGAAGCCGAGUGUUAG